AUGACGUGUGUGGACGAGCAUGAGUUUGGCAUGGGGUAUUUGGAAACUAUGCGGGUGGUCAGAAAUUUUGGGUCGCAUUGGGGCAUAGUACCAUCAGAUGUUGAGGGUGUUAAUGAUGACGAGGAGCCAGCCGACCAACCUGCGCCAGAGCCAAGACCGAGGCGCGGGAACCCGGAUCUACAGACGUUACAGUCUGUCGCGAGUUCGCGCCCUGGGAGCCCCAUUUGUGGGGGGCACUUGGUUACACGUUUGGCCCGCUCGUAUCAUUUGGUUGUUCCUGAUAUUACUAGAUCCAUGACGUGUGUGGACGAGCAUGAGUUUGGCAUGGGGUAUUUGGAAACUAUGCGGGUGGUCAGAAAUUUUGGGUCGCAUUGGGGCAUAGUACCAUCAGAUGCUGAGGGUGUUGAUGAUGACGAGGAGCUAGCCGACCAACCUGCGUCAGAGCCAAGACCGAGGCACGGGAACGUGAGAGGAAGGGGAGAUCGCGGGCAGCCAAUACACCCACCUGCUUCCAUGGUUGGUACGCCUUUUGGGAGUGAUAUGGCUGGUUACUUUGACCAUUUAUCGUUGAGUGUCAACUGGAUAGGUGGCACUGUGUAG